AUGACCACAGCGUCCCAAGGUCAGAGUCUCGAUCAGCAGAUAGAGCUGCUGAAAUGCAGCGUCCCCAUAUGGCCGACACAACUUCGGCGGUAUACCGAAAUACCACUGUUGGAGCCUCGACAUUACGAUUAUAAUGUCGAGAAGAUGCAGAUCGACCCUGUUCGGCUCGGUGUUCAAGGGGAUUGGAACGAAUUUAUCCACCCGUCUGGAGCAACGUAUCACUACAAUGCAAAAAUGCUCCAGCGGUUGGAAUCUUGGAUCAACGCAUCAAGGAAUAAACUCGACGGGAAACAAUGGUUGCUUGUCGUUGAACCGAUCUCCGUGAGAGGAACGGAAAUCUACCCGUAUUAUUAUGUCGUCCCGGAAGAUCGCAUGAUCACAUGGAUAGAGCCAGUAGAUGGUUACCUUCUAUUCCAAGAGUGUACGACGGCGUGGCACUGGAACCAUAAACGACUUGAGCUGGAGGCCCAGUAUUGGAAACAUGUCGAGUAUUUUCCACAUGGGAUUGAAAUUCGUCUUUCUGAAGUAAAAGCUUUGCGGGUUCGCUUGAACUGGUAUCGUCGAAACAUAGAAGCGUUGGCGAUAGAACAAUCAACGGCAGCUGCGCUAUUCUGGACUCUCGAUCAAAUGAAGGAGAUGACUGCUGAGCUGGCCACUACCGUGACCGAAACAGAGGAACUUGCCGGACCUGCCGGGAUCAUGGAGGAACCGAGUGUUGCAAUCUGUGGCAAAAUAAUGCACAUGCUUCGUCACCAUGAAUACCUGAACCAUCAUGGUCGACCCGAAGCUCGCUUAAUGCGAACGCACUCACUGACAAAGAGACGCAACAACCUGGCGAAUUCCCCCUUCAUGACUAGCGCUGGCAUCGUGAUGCUUUGGACUCCAAUAGUGGUGCUCAAGCAGCUCAGAGAUAUUUAUGUUGACGGUAUCGUAAACGGGAUCGACAUCAGGGGAUUUACGGACGACUUCAACGCCCAGUCCAAAGCUCAAACUACCGUGGCAAGCGUCAUCUUGGCAGUCAACGCCAGCAUCCUUGCGGUUCCGGGUUUGGGCUCACCAUCCGCUACAAAAACGCUGUGCUCUAUCUCAUUUAUCCUCAGUGUCUACUGCAUUGUUGCCUGCACGAUGGCACAGCACUUUGGCUACAGGCUGAGAUCCCUUGAUUUCGCGGCGUAUUACUUACAGGGGAAGAUGGCGAGUCUUGCGGUCCUUGCAAGCAUACCCAGUUUUCUGUAUCUCACAAGCUUGGCAUUUACUGUUCUCGGGUUUCUCGCAGGAAUCUUCACAGGUGAAUUCGGGCUAGCGUUAUCUGCAAGGAUCGUAUGCGGGCUGGCCCUUGUUGCUGGGACAGGUCUCACGAUUCCAUUGAUGAUGGCCAGUUUUGGUCCUGGGCCGAUUCGAUGA